AUGAGCCUCUCCCCCAACAUAUCAGCAGCAGGAAGGUUUAUAGGCCAUCGCCGCGGCCGUAGCUCUGCUGUUGACAUCCAGAUUAACGGCUUGGACGAGCCGCAGGAGAAGACCAGUGAGGGUUUACAGCCUCUUCUCGAGCACGAAAAAUAUGACCGGCUACCAGAGCGUCGACCACGAAAUAACGCUUUUCUGGCCGCGCUGUGGGCUGCAUCUCUUAUUUUCACCUGUCUCAUAACAUGGUUACUCACCAGGCUUUACUACGACCGGGCGAGUGAAGGGUUUGCAGCAGGCUUUCCCACAGAACUCCGAGCGGCUCGAUCAGCCAUCUCGACAUCCAUUCAACAAUUCACCGGCUCCCUCGACUUCAACGGCCAUCACGGCUUCGUGCCCCCUGAUUCCCCCAGCCUAGCAUACAUGGGCUCCGGCCCCUCCAUCGACGCCGCCUGGGACACCCUCACCGCUGACCGCUACUUCCUCCUCACCGACGACGAAGCGCGAGAAGCCUACGGCGCCGACCCAGCCCAGUACUGGAACGUCCACCACGGCGGCUACGUAGCGGGCCUGGACGUGCUGCAUUCGCUGCACUGCGUGAAUCAUCUACGAAUGUCGCUGUAUCCGGACGUGUAUCCGCAGGAUCCCGUUGAUGGGGUGAUGCAGUAG